AUGCCUGCCGGCGACUACGAUUACGAUACUGACCGCGCGCAGCGUGAGAGGUCCCGUUCCCCCCGUCGUCGAUCUCGUAGCCCUCGACGAAGCCGCCGUUCGUAUUCGCCACGCAGUCGAUCUCGAAGCCGGGAUCGUGACGAUUAUCGCCGCAGCGAUCGCCGUUCUCGCUCUCCUAUGAGUGCUGCCCAAGGCCCUUCAGGAGGUCAUUCAGGCUCGGGAUAUAGUGGUCGUGGUGGUAGCUACCCGCCUCCGCCUAGGUCUUUUGAGGAUCGUGCUGUCGCCAAAGAACAAAUGAUGCAAUCCGUGCGCGAAUCAUCCCAGCAAGACCGCCGGGUCUAUGUGGGAAACCUUUCCUACGAUGUCAAAUGGCAUCAUCUUAAAGAUUUUAUGAGACAGGCUGGAGAAGUUAUCUUUGCCGACGUCUUGCUUCUUCCCAAUGGAAUGUCGAAGGUGGGCGCCAAUGCGAUUGUGGAAUACGCUACGAGGGAGCAAGCACAAAAUGCUGUCAACACGCUCAGUAACCAGAAUCUGAUGAACCGCCUGGUCUAUGUCCGCGAGGACCGGGAGCCCGAGCCUCGUUUCUCGGGUGGUCCUUCCCGCGGAGACUUUGGUGGCCCCGGCCGUGGUGGGUUUGGCUACGGUGGCGGUGGUGGUGGUGGUGCCGGCGGCGGUGGGAGACAGCUCUAUGUAUCCAACCUCCCAUUCAACGUUGGCUGGCAAGAUUUGAAGGAUCUUUUCCGCCAAGCAGCUCAGCAAGGUACCGUCAUCCGCGCCGAUGUCCAUACCGACGCCUCUGGUCGCCCCAAGGGCUCUGGUAUCGUUGCAUUUGAGUCCCCCGACGACGCCCGCAACGCAAUCCAACAGUUCAACGGAUAUGAUUGGCAGGGGCGCCCCCUCGAGGUUCGUGAAGACCGCUUUGCAGGUUCAGGACCUGGCAUGGGUCGUGGCGGCUUUGGCGGUGGGUUUGGUGGCCGUGGCGGUUUCGGUGGUGGCCGUGGAGGCUUCGCCGGCCGUGGUGGCUUUGGCGGUGGUGGUUUCCGAGGAGGCUUUGGCGGUGGUUACGGUGGUCCCCCCACUGGGCCUGGCUUCGAUCCCGGUCCCUCGGUGCCCCCCAACCCUUUCACCGACUUCGCUACAUCCGGAGGUGAAAAGAGCGAUGUGAUCUAUGUGCGCAAUCUGCCCUGGUCCACAUGCAACGAUGAUCUGGUGGAUCUGUUCUCGACUAUCGGCAAGGUCGAGCGCGCCGAGAUCCAGUACGAGCCUAAUGGCCGCUCUCGCGGCACUGGUGUAGUCCAAUUUGAUAGUCCUGACACAGCAGAGACUUCAAUCGCCAAGUUCACCGGCUAUCAGUAUGGCGGCCGUCCCCUUGGCAUUACCUUUGUCAAGUAUUUGACCCCUCAGGGCCCGGGCGACGUCAUGGAUGAUGAGCCUACUGGCGGAAUCACCCAGGACCAGAUCAUGUAA